UUCGCGACAAUAUGAAAUAUUCCUUUCGACGAACCAUCUUCAUAUAGACUACUUCACGGAUAAAAUGUGCGUCCAAGGCUGUGUCAUUAUAUAUUAGUAGUGAUGUGGAACUGCAGCAGUAGAAAUAUGACGGAGAAUUUGUUUAGCGUAUUAUUUUUAGUUAUUGCAAUAAUAUUUAGUGUAAUAUCGCAGUGUUCCUCAGUUUUAUCAGACAAACGACUUUGUUAUGAUCCUAAAUGUUCCGAGCCUAUUUCAUUAGCUAGGACGACCAUCAAGUAUAGUCCAAAUGAGGCAGGAUUACUAGCGUUUAAAAUUAAUGAUAAAGUUACAGUUUACAGUAAAGAGGCAGGCAGGAGAAAAGAUUUAUGGGGUGUAGAGAUAAAUGGUAACCAUGGAUAUAUACCAAAAUCAUUUGUAAAAGAAUAUAAAAUUUUUCAUAGAGAUUUAAAAUAUGAAGUAUCGAUUGAUUCAUUAUUUAAUAACAUUUCAUCGAAUGAGAAGCUUCAAUCGAAGAAAUCAGAUAUUGAAAAUAAGUCAGGCAUUAAAGUUUCUAAUGAACAAACUGAUAAUUUGGAUUUAAAAUCCUCAAAAGAACUGCCAGAGAGUGGAAGUGAUAUAACUUCAUCUUAUGAGAUUAUAGAUGGAACUACAGUUCACUUAGAUCACAAUGGGCCUUUUGAACCAACCUUUGUAAAAGAAAAUGUACAGGCAACAGUAGUGUCCAAUGGACAAAAUGGAGUUGAAAUGUUAAAUAGUAAAUUAGAAACCAAAGAACAAGCUACUUCUAAUGAAGCUGAUUUUCAAGAUUUUGUAAAAAGUUCAGAGAACAUAUUAGAUUUACCACAAAUAUCUGGCAUACACAGUUCACCAUUGAAUAUAAGUAUACUUUCUGAUAAAGUAGAAUAUCCAACAAAGGAUGUAGAUAAUAAGACGCUUACUAAUGUAGAAGAUAAUCAAUUCUCGGACAAAAUUAUUGAUAUUAACAAUCUACAAAUAUCUACGAUUAAUGGUUCCAAAGAAGAAUCAAAUAUCGAAAAAAAAAAAGUGACUGAAUUAAAUAAAGAAGAUGUCAGUUCUAGCAAAGAAGUUGUAAAUAAUGCGCCAGAUGUACGAAGUAUGGGAGUCACUGAACAAACUAAGAGUGUAGAUAUUCAGUCGUUAGAAAAUGCUACAUCUGAAACUCAACCACAUAUACAAAGUGUAGAAAGUUCUAAUGAAAUUAAAACAGAUAUCUUUUCUUCAGCAAGUAUUGAAUUAAUUACAUUUAAUGACACUAAGUCAGGUAAAGAAAAUGUUGGAAAUUCUGAUCAAAUUGAAACGAAAGAUAUUCAGUCUCCUCAAAAUGUUACAAUAAUUGCAACCAGUGAUAUUAAAUUAAAUGAGCAACACAUAGAACAUUCUGAUAAAGUUGAAAUGAAAGAUGAUCAUUCUUCUGUCAUAAUUGCUACUAAUGACACUAAAUCUAAUGAAAAAAAUGUUGAUAGUUUUGAUGAAAUUGAAACAAAAGAUAUUCAGUCUGCUCAAAAUGUUACAGUAAUUGCAACCAGUGAUACUAAAUUAAAUGAGCAACACAUAGAACAUUCUGAUAAAGUUGAAAUGAAAGAUGGUCGUUCUUCUGUCAUAAUUGCAACUAAUGAUACUAACUCUGAUGAAAGAAGUGCUGAUAGUUCUGACCACAUUAAAACAAAAGAUAUUCAGUCUCCUCAAAAUGUUACAGUAAUUGCAACCAGUGAUACUAAAUUAAAUGAGCAACACAUAGAACAUUUUGAUAAAGUUGAAAUGAAAGAUGGUCAUUCUUCUGUAAUAAUUACAACUAAUGAUACUAAAUCUGAUGAAAGAAGUGCUGAUAGUUCUGAUCAAAUUGAAACAAAAGAUAUUCAGUCUCCUCAAAAUGUUACAAUAAUUGCAAUUAAUGAUAUUAAAUCAGAUGAACAAAGCGCAGAAAACUCUGAAGUUGAAACAGAUGUUCAUUCAUCAGUAAAUAUUGCCAUAAUUGCGAUUAAUGACACUAAAUCUGAUGAAGACAAUGUUGGAAGUUCUGAUCAAAUUGAAAUAAAAGAUAUUCAGUCUUCUCAAAAUGUUACAAUAACUACAACUACUGAUACUACUACUAAUGCUAAAUCAAAUAAUGCAGAAAACUCUGAUAAAAUUGAUAUAGAAAGUGUCUCAUUAUUAGAAAAUAUUAAAACACGUAUAAAAAAUUUGGAAUUACAAACAGAAGAACAUUUGGAAUUACAAGUAGAACCAGAUGAUUCAAGAAAAGUAAAAGAAACCGAAAGCAUUGAAAAUUUUAGUAAACAUGAUAUUGAAGAAGAUGUAAACAACAAAGUAUCAGUUGUUACUGAUACCAAUAAUAUUGAAGAAAAAAUAACAUCCAGUAUUCAAUAUAUUUUAGAUACUGAGGACACUAUGGCAUAUAUAACUAAGGAAACAUCUGAGAAUAUCUUUUAUAGGACAGAACCUUCACUUUCUAAUGUUUGUACAAUUGAUAAUGUUGAAUGUUCUUUAAACGAUAUUGAUAAUGAUUUUCCACAUCAUGAACAAGUUUCUCAAAGCAGUGAAAAUGCUCCAAUAAGUGGGAUAGAAAUUGAAAAUUAUUGGUUAACAUUAAUGUAUUUAAGUGUCACUGCUAUUGCAAUACUUAUAUUUUCUUUAGGAUACUAUUGCAUUGAGAAUAUGAGGGGUGAUAGACAACUGAUAGCUAGAAUCAACAAACUUGAAAAAGAUUUACUUAUUUCAGAAGCAGAAUGUACAAUGGUGAACGAAAAUUUAAAAUCGACAAAGGAAAAGUUGAGUCGUAUGGAAGAUGAAUCAUUCGGUUCUGACGAAAUGGUACUUUCCUUAAGGGCUGAUUUAGAAGCUUCACAGAAUGCGAAAGCAGAAUUAGAAGAUCAAGUAGCCAUGUUGGAAAAAGAUUUAGAAAGUGCUACUGAAGCUGGAUUAGAAUUAGAAAAAAUGUUACGGGAAGUUCUUUCGUCAAAUAAUGAAGUUAAUCCGUUAGCUCAGUCAGUUGAGGAUCUACAAAGUCGGUUGAAUGCUCAACAAGCUGCGAAUGAAUCUUUAACAAAUGCUUUAAAUCUUAAAACUCAAGAGAACGAAUCUGUAUCAGCAGAGCUUACAUUUAUUAAAAGGAAAUACGAAGAAUUUGAAAUUGAAUUUACUAAACUUAGAGAAAAUUUAAAACUAGAAGUAAACAGUAAGAAUAAUAUCGAACGAACAUUGAAUGAUAAGGUGCAACAAUUAGAAAUGCAAAUCAAGGAAAUUUCUACUGAAAAAGCAUCCUUACAAAAAGAGUUGAAAGGUAAAGAAGUAGAAGUAAAAGACCUUGUAGAUGCUAUUAAUCGAUUGAAUUCUAACAACUUGGAUUUGGACAAGUUGUAUGAUGUAUCUCAUAUUAAAGUUGAGGCAACAGCAUUGCUUGAAGAAAGAAACGAAUUAAAAAUACGAUUGGCCGAAACUGAAGGAGCUCAUAAUUUAUUAGAAGAACACGUAAAAGUCAUUAAAGAGGAAAUAGCUACUUUAAGUGAACAAUGUAAAAUAGCGGAGAAAGAAAAAAAAGAUGCAGAGACACGACUUGAAGUAUUGACAAAUUUUUUCGAGGAAAAAGAAGCACAACGCCAAAAAGAAGAAGCUAUUUGGUUGCAACAGCAGGGUGAAGUUGUAUCCACUGUAGAACGAAUACAAACGAUGCAAAAUGAAAUACAAAACUAUAAACAACAAGUAGAAAUGUUAAAACGGGAAAUAUUAGAUCAAGAAAGAGAAUACAAGAACCAAAUUUCUGUUCUUGAAACAAAAGCACACGAGCAAUGGGUAAUAGCUCGUCAGGUUGAACGUCGUUUAGAGGAAUCGAAGGUUGAAGCAGGUCAAUUGCGUAAUCGCCUUACUCUCAUAGAAAAAAAUAUUAAUGAUGUAGAUUCUGAGGCAAAAUUGCAUCGACUGGAAGCAAAUGGUGAGACGACAACGUCGCCUCCAUUAUUCAUAGGAGCAGAAUCAUCCAGUUCCCCUAUAAUAUUUUCUGGUUCUUCAAAUGUUCCACCGCCACCACCACCUUCCUAUUUACAUUCACUAUUUCCUCACUAUUUACCACCUCCGUUGCCAAAUACGUCCGGAGUACCACCAUAUGAAGUUGGUCAGCGGCCGCCACCACUUGGUGGUCGGUUGUCUUCACCUCCACCUAUGUCUCUGCAUCCACCUGCUCCCAACAGGUACGACAAUACAGGUUCCCCACCACCAAUGUCUCCACACUUGCUUCCUCCUUUUAAUCAUAGAUCACCGCCACCUCCGUUUUCUAACGAUAUUCAUCCACCUCCUCCACCUCCUGGUUCGAUAUUACCUCCACCUCUUGGAACGCCGCAUGUAUGGGGGGAAGAAACACUGCCGCCUCCACGCAAUUCUGGUUUCCAUCAAGCACGAGAACGAGUUCGAAAUCACAAAGGUUCCUUACAUUCUUCGGGAGAAUCGCUGGACAAAUCACACCAUAACAGCAAAGUCUGAGUCUUUUAUUUUGUUAUAAAAUAUCUUCGUAUAUGCGUUAAACUUGUCAUUAUAGUUACAAAAUAUUUAGUUAUAAAACAAAGUUUCAAUAAAUAAAUAACAAUGAUAUGUCAAGGCUAA